AUGGCUUACUUCAUCAUCUCUAUCCCCACCUACCCUUUACCUGAGGAGCUGGAAGCCCAGCUCCUGGGGUCACCCAGCUUGCAGCUCCAUACCACUGGUGGAAUUGGCCAGGUGUUCCAGGCACAGCACAAGAACUGGAGGACUCAGUACGCCAUCAAGUGCUCCCCUUGCCCCCAGCAUGAAGCCACCAGCUCCGAGGUGAAUUGCCUCAUCCAAGAAGCAGUCAAAAUGGAGAAGGUCAACUUCUAGCAUGUAUCUAUCUAUGGGGUGUGCCAACAGCCCCUGGGCAUUGAUGAGUUCAUGGCCAAGGGCUCCCUGGAGAAGGUGCUGCCUACCCACAGCCUCUGCUGGCAACUCAAGUUCCACAUCAUCCAUGAGACCAGCUUGGCUUUGAACUUCCUCCACAGCAUUUAGCCACCUCUUCUCCACCUGGACCUCAAGCCAGGCAGCAUUCUGCUGGAGAAAGAAAUGUCUCUCAGCGAACAUUUGCCCCACCAUCGCUUUGGGACUGGCAUCUGGGAGGCCCUCACUUAGAAGAAACCGCAUGCAGGGCUCGACAUGAGGACCAUCGUCAUCUCUUUGGUCACGGGCAUGUGACUCUCCUUGCAGCUGUCUGCUGAGUGACCAGAUGUGGCUCAGCAGAUGGUGAACCUGCUGAGGUGGUGUUGGGACCAAGACCCCUGCUUUCCAGCCAUGCUGCUGUCCCUGCUCCAGCCCAUGACAGACCCUGGGAAUAAAGCCCUGGCCAGAAAGGUGUCUUACAAGCCACCCCUGUGCCGGCCCUCACAGCCCUCUGACAGCGAGGGUUUUGGCCCCAAUGAUGAAGAACUGUGUGUCAAUGAGAACAAGGUGACCCCCCUCCACUUUCUGGUGGCCUAGUGCAACUUGAGACUGCUGUUGAUUCACGAGAUUCAUGUGGACUCUGGAUACACACCCCUCCUCAUCGCCAAGGACCAGAAGCCUAACCUCUGCACCCUAUUUCUGGCACUCGGUGCUGAUGCCAACCUGGCAGAUAAGGAUGACUGGGGCCCACCGCACUUUGUGUCCCAGAAUGGGUACGACUGCACUACCAUACUUCUGGACCGUGGGGCCCUAGUGGGUGCCCAGGAACAUGAAAACUGGACCCCAUUCCAGCUGGCUGUACAGAAGAACUCUGAGAGUGUGGUAUGGCUUCUGGUCUCCCAUCAAGCUGAUCCCAAUCUGUGUGAGGCUGAGGGCAAGACAUUUCUCCAUGUGGCCGCCUACUUUGGCCACAUCGACCUGGCUAAGCUGCUGACAGGCAAGUGGGUGAGAAAACUGAGGACACCUUUUCACCUGGCAGUGGAGAGGGGCAAAGUGAGGGCCACCCAACCCCUGUGAAAGAGUGGAGUGUCCUUGGACGUCCUUGACCGAAGUGGCCAUAGCCCACUGCACAUAGCUGGCCUUAUCUGCAAGAUGAUUCUCAAGUAUGGGGCGAGCCUCAAGCUGCCCAGCCAUCAGGGCUGGACAUCACUGCCCAGCAAUUACAAGGGCCAACCGGAGGUCAUCCACCUGCUGGUUGAGAGCCAUGCCAACCUAGGCACUCUUGGAAGUAACUGGAUGGCCCUGCACUUGGUUGCACGCCAUGGGGAGUACGUGGUGUUGCUGGCACUGCUAUAGGGUGGGGGACCCGAUGCUGCUAAGCAGUCAGACUGGAUGCCCCCCCACCUAGCAGUGCAGAGGGGUGCCUUCCUGAGCGUCAUUUACCUUCUCAAACAUCAUGCCGAUGUCCAAGCAUCAGCCCUCCUGGCUUCUAUCAAGGGCAACAUAGCCAUCCUCAAAAUUAUGGUCAUGGCUGGUGCCCAACUAGACAUUGAGGAUGGAGUGAGUUGUUCACCCAUGCAACUGGCUCGGAGCCACAGACAGAGCAUUGUAGCCUUCUUGGAGGGUGAGGAGCCCUCGCUGGCCAUCAGAGGACGUGCUGAGCUUGGGGCCCAGGUGGAAGUUUAA